AUGGCAGCUGAUACAGUAGAGUUGCAUAACCAUUUGGAUGGAUCCAUUCGGGCAGAAACUAUUAUCGAAUUGGCCAGAAACAAAGGAGCUGAAUUACCUUUCGACAAUGUAAGACAACUGAAGGAGCUUGUAUCUUGCGAGAAUGUAGAUGUAAAGGAUCGAUCUUUGAGAAGAUUUCUUGAACCUUUUCCCGUUUUCCUUUCAGUUGUCAGAGGAGAUGCUGCUGCUUUACGACGUUGUGCAAUAGAAUUCUGUGAAGAUCAAGCAAAUGAAGGUGUCUUGUACACUGAAGUACGUUAUGCCCCCCAGCUACUGAGUAGUGAAGCAUCAAAUACUAUUCAAAAUACCGAUCAAUUAACGGAUGAAGGAGCACUGCAGGUUAUUCUGGAAGGCCUAGCUGAAGGGUCUCGACGUUAUGGUAUUACCGUUCGGAGCUUACUAUGCUGCAUUCGACCAUUUCCAGAAUUAUCGGCAAAAACAGCUGAAUUAUGCAAAAAAUUUCAUGGAAAAGGAGUUGUUGGUAUUGAUUUAGCUGGAGAUGAAGGAAAUUAUCCUAUUAAACCCGAUGAUGAAUUUGUCAAAGCCUUUCAGGAAGUCAAAAAAUUCGGUAUUCAUAGGACCGCUCAUGCGGGAGAGGCAGGUCCAGCUGAAAGCAUCCGUCAGAGCUUGGAUUGGCUAAGUGCUGAGAGAAUAGGUCACGGAUAUCAUUUGGUAGAGGAUGAAAAAUUGUUUAACAGAGUCAAAAAUGAAAAAAUUCAUCUUGAACUUUGUCCAACUUCUAGUUUACUUACGGGUUCAUGUCAUAGUUUUACUGGCCAUCCAGCUAAGCGGUUUAUCGAUCAAGGCUUAAACUUUUCCUUAAAUUGUGAUUGUUCGCUGUCUUGCAAUGUUGGAGUUGCCGAUGAAUAUGAUUUGGUUUACAAUGAUUGGGGUUAUGAUAUACCAAUAUUAACCCGAGCGGCAUUCAAUGCAGCGCGUUCGUGUUUCUUGCCAGAAGAAGAAAAGAAACAGUUAAUCGCAGAUUUAGAAAGAAUACAUGGAUUGAGGUGUUAA